GUUUUUAAUAAAAUAAUUUCGUAUUUUUUUGAACACGGUUCAUUGAUCGCGUGCCUUUGCAUGUCCAUUCAUCGUAAUCUUUACGAAUAGUUUGAGUUAGGACAUGAAUCUUCGUCGUCUUUUCCAAGAUUUUAAUCCAAGGUAAUUAUGAAUAAAAAGCCCUUCAUGUGUAAGAGAAAUGUUUGUUGGAUAUCAAACAUUCGUGAUCAAUUUUCCUCUCAUUAUUUUCUUCCAGUAAAUUUCUACUGUUCUUUACACUCUUCAUCUUUUCGAUCUUGCUCGCGUUGCGUUUGGAUGGAACUAUCACGUGGAGUUACUGGGCGGUUUUCACUCCUGUUUGGAUUUGGAAAAUCAUGGUUUUAUCAGGUGCUUUCACUGGAAUUUACAUUUGGAUUCGACACCCGGAGUACAGGUAAUAAAUUUAAAUAAGUUUUGGUUACUCAUGGGACUUAAAAGAGUUAAAAAUCAACGCUUCUUAGGUUUGCUAUCAUUUCAUUCAUUCUCGUGAUCUUGCUGACUGAUUUAGCAGAAUUACUGAAAGGAGAAAUUAGAUGCUGGUCACUCUAAGGGUUUGAAGUGUUAAGCCAACAAGAAUUUCUUUCAGCUGAAUAUCAUAACAUUAAUCUCCUUUCCAUCUUCGCAGAGGUGAAGGAGAUAGUCAUGUGGAUUUCAAGGCAAUGAUUAUCUGUCUUGCUUUGCAUCUUCUCUUGCUGAUGUUUGAGAUAUUUGUAUGCAUUAAUCUUGGUGGUGGUCAAAUGUUUCCGUGGAGACUCAUGUUUAUGCCUUUGUACGUGCUAUCAUCAUUGUCAAUCAUCGCUUGUAUCUGGGGAUUCAGACAUGACAGAUCAGUAGAGGUUUGUAAUCAUAAGAUAAGCCAAUUAUCAAGAGUGGUGUCCAUUAAUGGUCAAGAGACACUUUGUGUGUGGUUUUAAUACCUCAAUACUAAUCAAUCACAGAUGAGAUGAGUUACUCGCAAACAGCUUCUUUCUUUUUGAAAGCAAUAAAGAUUUAUUGGGGGGUUAAUACCUGUUGUAAAAGGUGACAUUUUGAGCAUCAACUUUCAUCAGAGCAAUUUGUUCCAGGGAAAGGCCAAUGUUCUAAAUUUCACCUUCUCAUAUUGGUGACAGCUUUUUAUCAAACUUUAUCUGUUCUCAAAGGUAAGGUCUAAAGUUCAAAAUGUCAGCUUUAGAAACUCUUUACAGUGGGCAAUGAACCCUUUAACUCCCAAGAUCUCAUGAGUAAUUCUCCUUACUGUCUGCAAUAUAGUUCUUGUGAUAUUAGUUUAAAGAAUUUGGUAUUGGAUCAACUAAUAAUCCCCAAAUUAAGGUUUCCUUCUUUAUUCUCAUCACUUGUCUGCUUACCAUUGUAUUUAUAUUGUAAGGAGAAAUUCUGCCUUGGUCACUUGUGGGAGUUAAAGGGUUAACAUCAUCAACUCUGUUGAUAAUUAACCAAGUUAUCUUGGGAUACCCACACUGACACAGCACCUUGAUUUUUUUUUUUUAACUUACUAGGACUGAUAAUCUGUUGUUUUUGGUUCUGUUGGUUCUGGUGUGGCUUGAACUGAAUGAUUUUCUUUUCCCUUCUUUUAUGCAGCUUGAAACAGUGUUCUCAGUAAAUGUUCUGCAGUUUAUCUUCCUUUCCCUACGCCUGGACAGAGUUAUCCUAUGGUCUUGGGUGGUGAGUGUGAAUUGACUUCUAAGUGGUAUGGAAAUUUCAAGAGUCAGAGUUUUCAUCAACAGAUUGGCAAUUUUCUUUUGUAUUUUCAGGGAAAAAUUUUUUUGCAGUUUGAGAGGACUAAGAUUUCUGCUGUGAACCAACUUUUGCAAUUUUCUUAACUUCUAGCAACACAUCAUUAACAAGAAAAGAAACCAAAGAUUCUCAAAUUUUCUAAACAUAACCUGGUAUAAAGAAUUUGUUUUGCAAUCAAGAGAUUUUCUUGUUUGUGAUCAUUUCCUUUAUUCUUAUAUCUUAAUGUGUGAUUCAGGAGUGAAAUUGUAAGGAGAAAUUAGAAGCUGGUCACUCUUUAAGGUUGAAAGGGUUAAGGAAUUGCCAAGAGUGACAUUAAGUAUGCUAAGAGGAUUCGUGUUUUGAUUUAUUUUGCAGGUUGUGUUUGUUCCUAUGUGGAUAGUACUGUCCUUACUUUGUCUUCUAGUGUUGUAUUAUGUUAUAUGGUCUAUAAUAUUUGUCAGGACAGCAGAAGUUCUUCCAGCACAGCGUCGAGGCCACGUCAUGGUGGCUGUAGCUUCUGUUCUCCUUGUCAUUCCACUUCUAACAUUUCAGGUAUGUUGUUUUACAGGGUAGCCACCCAACUCAUAACAUGAGUAAGGAGGAUUUGCCUUAACCCUUUAUACACUGUUAUCAGUAAAGGUUUCCUCCAUACUGUUCCCCAUACAUUCCCUAAGGUGCUGACAAGGAGAAUUUGUGUGACAAUCAACAACUUCUUCUGCUGCUGAUAAUUUUCCUUUAUUCUCAUAACUUUACUGCAUGAUUCAGGGGUGAUAUUGUGAAGAGAAAUUAGAUGUUAGUCACUCUUUGGGGUAAGAGGGUUAAGGGGAUGCGAGUGGCAGCUGGUAUGUUAGAAUUAGACCAUUCAUUAUGGAGACCAAAAAAAGGCCAUUUCUAAACUUGUCACAUACAGGUUCUUCCGUUUCCAAAGGGAAACAAACUUUUACAUGUCUCUGUAAAUAGUUUCCAUUUUCUCUUUAUUUCUCUCAAGAAAUCCAAUUUUUAAUGCAGUUGAGAAUCUCAGAAAAUGGUUUUAUGAAAAUAUUGUUUGUAAAGAGAGUUAGAUGUGGAUUUUGUAAUUUUGCUUCAGAUCAUCCUCUGUAACAGACUUGAUGGCAUUACACAAGACAUGUUUGUUGGAGUCAUUGCUCCCCUUCAAAUCUCUCUUCUGAGUCUACUUGCCACUUCCUUUUAUCACAAAGGAGGCAACCACUGUAAGUUGGUUCAACUAAUCAAAAGACUCAGGGGAAAUCUCUGAGUGUGUGGUUUUGGGGUCUCAUCAUUGUGGUUUUCCUUUGACUCUUUUGCUCCCAGGUUUGGCAUUUGAUAACCCUUUCACUCCCAAGAUCUCAUAAUAAUUCUCCUUUCUUUCUACCAUACAUUCUUAUGCUUUUAGUUAGGAGAAUUUGGUGGUGGAUCAACUAAUAAUCCCCUAUUUUAUAUUUUUCUUUAUUCCCAUCACUUUUCUGCUUGAUAUUGUUUUGAUAUUGUGAGGAGAGAUUCUGUCUUGGUCUUUCAUGGGAGCUCAAGGGUGAAAUAAAUUAGUUUAAAUACCUGUCAGUCAGAUAAGUAAAGAUAGUCAAGAAGGUAAUCAUCUCUCUUUUCUUGAGACUUUCAACUAUGUUGGAGACAAAAAUUUUACUUUGAUUCAAGGGACAAUGACACAGAGAAAUGUAUUUUAAAUUCACACAUAAGUCAGAAGUUUGUUUAAGAAUUAUCAUUUUUUUUCAUUUUUGUAGGGUGGUUUGGAAUGCGAAAGGACUUUUGUGAGUUUCUCCUUGGGACUUGUCCCUUUCUACAGGAGUAUGGGAACAUUUCUUGCAAAUUUUCUGAAAGUGUUUUCUCAAGAGCACCUAGGGAAGAGACUUCUAUUGAACCACAGCGGAAACCAGUGGUUCACGAGUACUCAGUUAAAUGUGUAGUACCAGUUGUAUCCAUUGAAAUGCCAGACUGAUGCUGUAGUGGUCAAGAAUGUUAACUUUGUGGCCACCUGUCAUUCACAGGCAAUGGAAGGAAAAGAGCCAAACAAAAGCAAGAAUAAGUCAGAUCAGAACUGUCACAGUGAAAUCAUACACAUCAGCUUCCAAAUAAAUCUGCAGUACCAGUUACAUUUUGGUGCCGGUAGGGCUGAGAACCCAAUCAGUGGUGUGUUUGAUGGAUUGGUAAUGAAUUUUACACGCUGUUCAACACUGUUGAUGCAAGAAGCUAAAUGAUACAUGCUUUUUGACUGCCUCUUACUUCAAUAUUUCAGAUUACAGAUGCAUAGAAGAUGACAUUAUUAACAAAAUUUUUCAUUGUUAUAAAUAAACAAAUAGAUCCUAUGUAUUUGUGGAUCUGUUCAGUAGAAGAACACAGUAAACGUCAAAUGAUGGAAGGAACAUCAGUGACAAGCUCCGCUUCUGCACCUCGUGUGCCACUUUUUUGUUCUCACCAUAUUUUGACCCCUUCCAUGAUCAUUGGGACCCUGCUUUUUGGCUUCACAAAUAUAAAACAUAGGCAAGAGUUGUUUUUUUGGCUGGGUGGGUUGAGAUGGGACAGUUUGUGUACUUAAUGGUUUCAUUUUUGUCACUGAAAAAGAGCAUGGCUUUCAAAAAACUAAAAUAUUGCAGAAAGACAGAAAAACCCUAAUUUAUCUGAACUCACACAGAUAUUAUGUGAUCUAUUAUCUUUAUUUUCUAAAUACUUCCAAG